AAGCAGAGAGAGAAAGAAAGAGAGAUGGAUCGAUCGGUCUCUAUGCCAACAGAUCUGAGAGAAGUAGAAAAAGAGAUAAGGACAAAACAAAAAACACGAAAGGGAGGGAGAUAGAGAGAGACCUGAUCUUCAACUCUUGCUUUGGACUGUUGCGAUGCCGAAGAUCUCUGCUCCAUAAAAUGGCGUCGUUUGGGUGUUGUUUGGGUGUUGGAGCGUUCUGAAUCUCUGCAGCAUAUCAUCAGACCUCUCUGAUGGGUCAUGAAAGCAGCUCUCUGUUCCAAACUCUGGUUUUGAUCACUGCUAAUCAAAUAUGGACUUGAACAUGCAAAUCAUCAUCAUCACCGAGUGUUUUCAAGCCUCUUUCUCGUUAAUCUGAGAGAAAUCUCAGAUUUGUAGUGUUACAGAUCUUGCAUUUCAAAGCUACUCUGUGAAGAAGACACUGAAUAUACUUAUAAUUCCAGUCUCUAUGCAUUUGAUAUAACGGAUGCAUCUGAUAUAACGGUGAACAGUAAAUGCUUGGAAUCUGAACAAGGCUUAACGGUAAGGAGCUCAACAGACUAUUGGACUGUGCUCGCUCGCUAGUAUUGGAAUAAAUAUUAGAGAGAAAAACUAGAGAGAGAGAGAGGUGAUAGUGUAAGGUUCUGUUGAAGAUUUUUAUUUUGUUGCUCUGAUCUUCUGUAGCAUAUAUAAUAGGUUUUUGUUGAUGUUUGAUUGUUCACAAGAACAGCGAAGGUUUGAUUUUGGUUAUUCGUUUGGAAGAACACAAUUUGAUUGCUCUAUUGAACUAAAAGGUUGCAUUUGAAAGAAAGGGAGGAAGAAGAGAUGAAGGAGGUGGAGGAGAAAAGCUUGGAUUCUCAACUAUGGCAUGCUUGUGCCGGAGGAAUGGUUCAAAUGCCUCUUGUGAAUUCCAAAGUUUUCUACUUUCCUCAGGGCCACGCCGAGCAUGCCCUCACAACCGUCCAUUUCGGGGCCUUGCCGAGGCUUCCGGCUCUGAUCCUCUGCAGAGUUACUGCAGUGAAAUUCAUGGCCGAUGCUGAAACUGAUGAAGUUUAUGCGAAAAUUAGGUUAAUUCCUAUGAGAAGCAACGAGCUUGAUUAUGACGAUGAUGGGGUUUUGGGGAGUAAUGGAUCCGAAUCCCCUGAAAAACCUGCUUCUUUCGCCAAAACAUUGACUCAAUCGGAUGCUAACAACGGUGGUGGAUUCUCAGUUCCUCGGUACUGUGCGGAGACUAUCUUCCCCCGAUUGGAUUACUCGGCUGAUCCCCCCGUUCAAACCGUAAUUGCCAAGGACGUUCAUGGUGAAAUUUGGAAAUUUAGGCAUAUUUACAGAGGAACGCCGAGGAGGCAUUUGUUGACAACAGGGUGGAGUAGUUUUGUGAACCAGAAGAAACUUGUUGCUGGCGAUUCAAUUGUGUUCUUACGAGGGGCAGAGAAUGGGGAUUUGUGUGUUGGAAUCAGACGGGCCAAGAGAGGAAUUACUGGUGGCCCUGAGUCUCCCUCCGGAUGGAAUUCUGGCUCUGGAAAUUGUGUUUCUUCAUAUGGGUCAUUUUCAGUGUUUAUGAGGGAAGAUGAGAACAAACUGAUGAGAAAUGGGUCUAAUGGGAAUUUGAACUCUGGUGGUGGGUUUAGGGGAAGGGGAAGAGUGAGGCCUGAAGCGGUUGUUGAAGCUGCAACACUUGCAGCUAAUGGACAAGCAUUUGAAGUGGUUUAUUACCCGCGGGCAAGCACUCCAGAGUUCUGCAUUAAGGCUUCAUCUGUGAGGGCUUCCAUGAGGAUUCAAUGGUGCUCUGGGAUGAGAUUCAAAAUGCCAUUUGAAACCGAGGAUUCUUCCCGGAUUAGCUGGUUCAUGGGAACCGUAGCUUCUGUUCAGGUUGCUGACCCAAUUCGCUGGCCUAAUUCCCCAUGGAGGCUUCUCCAGGUGACAUGGGAUGAACCAGAUUUGCUGCAUAAUGUGAAGCACGUCAGCCCAUGGCUGGUCGAGUUGGUAUCAAACAUGCCUGUCAUUCACAUGUCACCCUUUUCACCACCAAGAAAGAAAUUGCGGUUUCCGCAACACCCCGACUUCCCUCUCGACGGCCAAUUUUCAAUGCCGUCAUUUUCACGCAACCCCCUAGGGCCCAGCAGUCCUUUGUGUUGUCUAUCCGACAACAUUCCUGCAGGCAUACAGGGAGCCAGGCAUUCUCAAUUUGGAAUACCAUUAUCGGAUCUCUACCUUCAUAACAAACUGCAGUUGGAUCUUUUCCCGUCCAGCUUGCAGCAGCUUGAUCCGCAUGGUAAAUUAUCCGAUGGUUUGGUUUCAACCCACAAAAACAGCAAUGACAAUGUUUCUUGCUUGUUGACAAUGGGGAAUUCCAAUAGUAAAUCAGAUAAAACUGAUAAUUUGAAGACACCCCAGUUUGUACUCUUUGGCCAGCCAAUACUGACUGAACAGCAGAUCGCUUGUAGCUGUUCCGGUGAUGCAGUCUCAAAAGUUGUAAAUUUUCCAGAGAAGAAAGAAAGAUCUGCAUUUGACCAGCAAUGGGUUCCAGAAAAUCUGUCAUGCGUUGCGUUUCCGUGGCGUCAAGGUUUUCACAUGACUGAACUUGGCCUCGAUACUGGUCAUUGUAAGGUGUUUAUGGAGUCGGAGUAUGUAGGCCGGAAUCUUGACCUCUCCGUUAUUGGAUCUUAUGAAGAACUAUACAAAAGGGUUGCAAACAUGUUUGGAAUAGAAAGAUCAGAGACGCCAUGUCAUGUGCUAUACCAGGAUGCAACUGGUAAUGUCAAACAUACUGGAGAUGAACCUUUCAGUGAUUUCAUGAAAACUGCAAAAAGAUUGACAAUUCUACUGGAUUCAGGCAACAACUUUGGAAGGCAAUGGAUGACAGGGCUGCAAAAUGCCGAGAACGGACUGGACUCUUCAAACCAGACUGGCCCCUUGAGCAUAUUUGCAUAG